AUGUCCCGGUUCAAUUCUUAUCCUUCAGACUGUGACUCACCUCCAAGGAACUUAACCGUCCAUUCGUACCAUCACAACUAUCAAUCGAUAAGUAAUUUAGGUAAUGGAAGCUUUGGAACAGUGGAAUUGGUCAAGGUAAAGUUUCAAAAGUUGGAUUUGUUGAUGUCGCAUGCAGAUAAACAAGGCACUUUGCUAUAUCCACUUGAAGAUUCAAAGAUAAACAAUUCCAACCUCGUCGCUAUUAAAACCAUGAAGAAGAAACUCCCGCUCUUGCAGGACUAUUCAAAAGUCAAGGAAGUCAAGUUUAUCCUAACUGUCCCCUCCCACCCUUGUUUAGUUCAAAUUUAUGAGAUUUUCAUUGACGAUUUAAAUUACCAAUUGCACAUUUCCAUGGAGGCGCUUAAUCAAAACUUGUACCAACUCAUUAGAUCCCGAAGAAACAUGAAGUUUUCGCCAAUAACUUUGAAAAGUAUCUUGGCACAGUUGCUUUGCGCGCUCAAACAUAUACAUAACAACCAAUACUUCCACCGUGACGUGAAACCUGAAAACAUCUUGAUUAUACCAACUUUGCAUUUCUAUGGCUCAAAGGAUCUAGUCCCGCCAUAUAGGAAAAAUGACAACUUUAUUGUCAAACUUGGUGAUUACGGAUUAGCAAGACACGUAUCAAACCUCAGAACUUAUACCGCUUAUGUGUCCACGAGGUGGUAUAGGUCUCCCGAGAUUCUAUUGAGGCAAAAAUGGUAUUCUUGCCCAAUUGAUAUAUGGGCUUUUGGCGCAGUAGCUGCAGAAAUUGUCAAUUUCGCUCCAUUGUUCCCAGGUUCAAACGAACUAGACCAGAUUUGGAGGAUUCUUAAAGCACUAGGAUCACCAAUGAUACCCGAGUCAAGUAGCCUCAACUCAAAUUACAUAAUUCCCUUGGGUGGAUAUUGGAGCGAAGCUUCGCAUUUGGCUAACAAAUUGGGCGUAGAUUUGCCAAUGGAGCCAGGUACUAGCAUAGCAGAAAUUGUUCAUAGCCCCAAUGACACUUCGGUAUACGAUGUGAUCCAAGCUUGCUUGUUAUGGGACCCAUUGGCAAGACCCGACGCUACUGAAUUAGGCCGUAUGUCGUAUUUCAAAGAAUCCGUUCAAUUGAUAGACAACAAUUUCGAAAAAGAAUCAGCAGCAUUCGGUUCUUCAUCUAAUAACAAAUGUUCCGAAAUGAUCCCCAAUUCUCCAAGCAGAAAGAAAUUGCUUGGAGCUAGACACGGAGGAGUUGACAUGACUCUAAAUAAUAGCGAGACACCUGAUAUUGAAAAUAGUUAUGAAAAUUAUUUCCAAGAAUAUUUUUCUCAAAUUGCUAAAGAUGAUGGUAGUUCCCAUGUAAACGAGAACGACGGCUAUUAUGCAUGGUAUAAUUACGGUGAAGAUUUUCGCAACGAUAAGAGCAGAGAACCACGAAAUAGUAUUGCUUUAAAUUUACAACAAAUGAAUUUAGAGAAUGAAAAUGAGAAAAAAGGUUCACUAACAACUUUAUCAUUGGAAAGCGAAGAUGUAAUGAACUUGUAA